AGCCAGAGGCACGGAUGGAGUGAGGUCACUUCUCUGGGCAGCGCUGCUAGAAGAUUUCCCUUGGUUUGUUUGCUCUUGGAGGAGGAAGCGGAGUUGACAAGCGUUUUCCAGGCAGACCGUGUGUGGACAGUAAUGACCGCACGUUUCCGAUUGCCUGCUGGCAGAACCUACAAUGUACGAGCAUCUGAGCUGGCACGAGACAGGCAGCAUACGGAGGUGGUCUGCAACAUUCUUCUCCUGGAUAACACUGUACAAGCUUUCAGAGUUAACAAACAUGAUCAGGGACAAGUUCUAUUGGAUGUAGUCUUCAAGCAUCUCGAUUUGACAGAGAGAGAUUACUUUGGUUUACAGUUGGCUGAUGAAUCUACUGAUAACCCUAGGUGGCUGGAUCCAAACAAACCUAUCAGGAAACAAUUAAAAAGAGGAUCGCCUCACAGUUUGAACUUUAGAGUUAAGUUUUUUGUAAGUGACCCAAACAAGCUCCAAGAAGAAUAUACAAGGUACCAGUAUUUUUUGCAAAUUAAACAGGACAUUCUUACUGGAAGAUUGCCCUGUCCUUAUAAUACUGCUGCUCUUCUGGCUUCCUAUGCUGUUCAAUCCGAGCUGGGAGACUACAACCAUUCAGAAAACUUGCCAGGCUACCUCUCAGACUAUUCUUUCAUCCCUAGCCAGCCUCAAGACUUUGAAAAAGAAAUAGCAAAAUUACAUCAGCAGCACAUAGGGUUGUCUCCUGCAGAGGCAGAGUUCAAUUAUCUCAAUACAGCACGUACCUUAGAACUUUAUGGCGUUGAAUUGCACUAUGCAAGGGAUCAGAGUAAUAAUGAAAUAAUGAUUGGAGUGAUGUCAGGUGGAAUACUAAUUUUUAAGAACAGAAUACGAAUUAACACCUUUCAGUGGUUGAAGAUUGUAAAAAUUUCUUUUAAGUGCAAACAGUUUUUUAUUCAACUUCGGAAAGAAUUGCAUGAAUCUAGAGAAACGUUACUGGGAUUCAAUAUGGUGAAUUACCGAGCAUGUAAGAAUUUGUGGAAAGCUUGCGUUGAACAUCACACAUUCUUCCGCUUGGACAGACCACUUCCCCCUCAGAAGAACUUUUUUGCACAUUAUUUCACUUUGGGUUCCAAGUUCCGGUACUGUGGGAGAACAGAGGUCCAGUCUGUGCAGUAUGGUAAAGAAAGAGCAAACAAAGACAGGGUAUUUGCAAGAUCCCCCAGUAAACCCUUGGCACGGAAAUUAAUAAGUGGGAUGGACUGGGAAGUAGUGAGUAGGAACUCACUGUCUGAUGAUAGGUUGGAAACACAGAGCCUACCAUCACGGUCUCCACCUGGAACCCCAAAUCAUCGCAACUCUGCCUUCACUCAAGAAGGAGCCCGGUUACGACCCUCAUCAGUUGGACAUUUAGUGGACCAUGUAGUUCACACUUCCCCAAGUGAAGUAUUUGUAAAUCACAGAUCUCCAUCUUCCACCCAGGCUAAUAGCAUCAUACUGGAAUCAUCGCCAUCUCAAGAGACUCCUAUAGAUGGGCCGCCUCCUGCGUUACCACCCAAACAAUUUAAAAAGAACAGUUGGAACCAAAUUCAUCAUUCACACUCACAGCAAGAACUGGAUAACCAUAUUAAUGAAACAUUUGAUGUUCCUGCAUCACCUGAAAAAUCCACACCCAAUGGUGGUGUCCCCCAUGACAAUCUUGUUAUGAUCAGAAUGAAACCAGAUGAAAAUGGAAGGUUUGGCUUCAAUGUAAAGGGUGGAUACGAUCAGAAGAUGCCAGUAAUAGUGUCCAGGGUAGCUCCAGGAACACCUGCUGAUCUCUGUGUCCCUCGUUUGAAUGAAGGGGACCAGGUUGUACUGAUUAACGGCAGGGAUAUAGCAGAACAUACCCAUGACCAAGUUGUUAUGUUUAUUAAAGCUAGCUGUGAGAGACACUCAGGGGAACUUGUGCUCCUAGUUCGACCCAAUGCUGUCUAUGAUGUUGUGGAAGAAAAGCUGGAGAGCGAGCCUGACUUCCAGUACAUCCCUGAGAAAUCUCCACUUGAUGGUGUCCAUCAAGAUGAUAAUGCUCUGAGGGAAUCCAUGAUUCAGCUAGCAGAGGGGCUUACCACUGGAACUGUUUUGGCUCAGUUUGAUCAAUUGUAUAGGAAAAAGCCUGGAAUGACAAUGUCCUGCGCCAGAUUACCUCAAAACAUUUCCAAAAAUAGAUACAGAGACAUUUCGCCUUAUGAUGCUACACGGGUUAUUUUAAAAAGUAAUGAAGAUUACAUCAAUGCAAAUUAUAUAAAUAUGGAAAUCCCUUCUUCCACAAUAAUAAACCAGUACAUUGCUUGUCAAGGUCCAUUACCGAACACUUGUCCUGAUUUUUGGCAGAUGACUUGGGAACAAGGCUCAUCUAUGGUUGUAAUGUUAACGACUCAAGUUGAACGGGGCAGAGUUAAAUGCCAUCAGUACUGGCCAGAGCCUUCAGGAAGCUCAUCAUAUGGGAAUUUCCAGAUUACCUGCCAUUCAGAAGAAGGAAAUCCUGCUUAUGUCUUUCGAGAAAUGACAUUGACUAAUCUGGAGAAAGAGGAAAGCCGCCAACUAACCCAAAUCCAGUAUAUAGCAUGGCCUGAUCAUGGGGUUCCUGACGAUUCCAGCGAUUUCCUAGAUUUUGUGUGUCUUGUGCGGAAGAAGAGGGCUGGCAGAGAAGAACCUGUUGUUGUUCAUUGCAGUGCUGGGAUUGGACGGACGGGAGUUCUUAUCACUAUGGAGACAGCUAUGUGUCUCAUUGAGUGCAAUCAGCCUGUUUAUCCAUUAGAUAUUGUAAGAACCAUGAGAGAUCAAAGAGCCAUGAUGAUCCAAACACCUAGUCAAUACAGAUUUGUAUGUGAAGCUAUUUUGAAGGUGUAUGAAGAAGGAUUUAUUAAACCUUUACAACCAUCACUGCAUAAGUAAAGAGCAAAAAACCUAGGAUAUCAAAUGUUCUCUAUAACGAACUGGCAGCAUUUGUUGUGCCAUAUUACUGCUUGCAGGAAAUGAUAGUGAAGUACAGCAAAGAAUUGACAAAGGACUUUGAAAACUUCAGCACUGUUGCACUUUACGUUGAAACAAAAUCAGUCUCUGAAACUCUUCUAACCUUCAUCUGUUUGAAGACUUUAUUUUCGUGCUUUGCUCCGAACAAACCAUAAACUGAAAGAACUAAUUGUGUUCAGGGUAAUCUACGAUAUCUCAUUGUAGUGCCAUAUACUGCGCUUCUGGUUGAAUUGCUACAAACAAGGCUUGGAAUUAUUUCACUUUGUUUUACACCCAUGUCUCUUAAAAUGAAAAAAAAUACACUAAGCCAUGGUCUUUUUCCAGUGCUAGAUUUAUUUACUAUGUACAGACUCUCACUGUUUUGUUUUUUACAACAUUAGCAAUAUUGCUGAUACUAGAUAGAUACACACUGGCUACUGAUGCAGCACACUUUGUCCUACACCCUUACUAGAGACCAGCUGGUUGUUAGAGGAAAGCUGGCAUCUGUGUUAACCCAGCAGUAGCUGCAUAAUGCCCACUUACCAGCAUCUUGUACAAAAUAAUAAUAAAAAUUAAAA